AUGUUUAUGCCAACAAAGUUGUCACAAUUUAGAUGUUCCAAUGAAAUAACCAGGCUUAGGCAUAUUUUGUUUUGGAACAUUGAAAGAGAUCGAGAUUAUUUCUUAUUUUUCGGGUACCAACAAAAACAAGAAAUAGAAAAAUCACGACCACCAAACUGCGAAAAAAUCAUACCAGAGGCAAAUGCAAAUUUCUUUUCUAAACUAAUAUUUCAUUGGCCAUCAGCACUUUUGCGACUUGGAUAUGAAAGACCAUUGCAAAAAGAAGAUUUAUAUAUUUUAGAUGAUAAAAGAUUAUCAAAGCAUUUGGCAGAAAAGUUUGCACUUGAGUGGAAAAAGGAAGUUGAAAAGGUUAAGAAAGGAAAGAAACCAUCAUUGUUAAAAGCUCUAAAUAGGAUGCUUGGGUUUAGAUUUUGGUGUGCAGGAGUCGCUAGAUUCUUUGGUGAUACUUUACAGGUCUUGUCGCCUUUGGUAAUACAGGAAAUUUUGACAUUCUCGGUGAGCUCAUUCAAUGCUAACGUUAAUAAUACAAAUGCACCUCCAAUAUCUGAUGGACUCAUCCUUGCGUCGGUGCUAUUUCUUAUGCAAAUGGGAUCAACUUUCCUUAGUAUUUGGUGUCUCUGGGGAACCGAUCAAACCGGUUUCAUGACGCGUACAAUUUUAAUUACUACCAUUUACCGAAAGGCCAUGGUUCUCAGUUGUAAAGCUCGUAAUUCAUUUACAAUUGGCAAAAUUACAAAUAUAAUAUCAACGGAUACAACUAGACUUGACUUUUUUUGUUCCUAUUUUCAUUUACUAUGGAGCGCCCCGCUUCAACUCUCGAUAGCGCUCGCGUUGUUGAUAUUUAACAUUGGCCCAUCUGCAUUAGCAGGUUUUAGUUUUUUAGUCAUUACUGGACCAUUGCAAGGAAGAGUGAUGUCGGCAUUGGCAUCCACACGUAGUAAAGCAACAAAGGUUACCGAUGAACGUGUUAAGUGGACCCAGGAAAUUUUACAAGGAAUUCGAGUUAUAAAAUAUUAUGCUUGGGAAGAUAGUUUCUUGAAAACUUUAAAUAAAUUACGUGACAAAGAACUUGGAUAUACUAAAUUUAUACUAGUUAUUCGUGCAAUUGUCACAGGCGUCGCGUCGGUGAUGCCAGUUUUUGCUAGUAUUCUUUCUUUUGUUGUAUUUGUACUUACUGGUGGUACACUUACGUCCGAAUUAGUAUUUUCAUCCUUGGCACUCUUUAAUAUAAUUCGCUUACCUCUAAAACUUUUACCUAUGGUUAUUGCCGUAGCAACUGAUGCUUGGGUUUCAAUUGGCCGUAUCCAAGAAAUAUUGCUAGCCGAUGAAUUAGAGUAUCUACCUAAAAUUGAUUUUAAUGCAGAUAAAGUUGCUAUCAAAGUAAUAAAUGGGGAAUUCGUAUGGGAUGGAUCUCCCGUUUCUGAUAAGGGUAGUCAAAGAAUUCCAAAUGACCAAUUUGCAGAAAAACAUUCGCCUAUAUUGACGCCUCAGUUGCGUCUUAGUGAUAUUAAUCUUACAAUUUCUCAUGGAAAACUUGUUGCUAUUGUGGGUCCCGUGGGUUCAGGGAAAUCUUCGUUGCUAUCAGCGUUGGUUGGUGAAAUGAAAAAAGUUGGUGGAGAAAUAAUAUUCGGCGGUACUGUUGGAUACUGUCCACAAACUGCUUGGAUACAAAAUUCUACGCUUAGAGACAAUAUUACUUUCGGUUUACCGUUUGAUGAAGAAAAAUAUCAACGAGUAAUAAAGGAUUGUUGCCUUGAACCCGAUUUAGCGAUCCUACCAGCGGGUGAUAUGACAGAAAUUGGUGAAAAAGGAAUUAAUCUUUCUGGAGGACAAAAACAACGCGUAAAUAUUGCGAGAGCUGUGUACUUUGAUGCUGAUAUUGUUUUGUUGGACGACCCAUUAUCAGUAAGAUCACUUGCGAAAAAAACCAGAAUCUUAGUUACCCAUCAACUACAACUGUUAUCUCAAGUUGAUUAUAUCAUUUGUAUGGAAGAUGGUGAAAUUGUAGAACAAGGAACAUAUGAAGAGUUAAUAAAUGCCAAAAAAAGCUUCGCAAAAUUAAUAUCAGAAUUUGGGGAUUCCAAAGAUGAAAUAACUACAAUUAACAUUGAAACAAAUGAGUCAACGGAAAAAAAUUUUACAUCGCCUAUUCCAUCUACAUCGUCACAAGGAUUAAUGUCAUUAGAAGAGCGAACAACAGGUGCCGUUGCAGACGAGAUUUAUCUAACUUAUAUAAAAGCUGCCGGGGGUUUGGCAUUGAUACCAUUAUUUUUAUUUUUAUUGGUGAUGAUGCAAGGAAGCAAUAUCGGAAGUAAUUUAUGGCUUUCAUUUUGGACAAGCAAUAAUUUUGCUCUAACGACCGAACAAUACAUGUCAGUCUAUUGCGCAUGGGGUGUUGCAGAAAGCAUUUUCAGUGUUUUAGUCUGUUUAACACUUUCUUUUGCUGGAAUCACUGCUGCUAGAAACUUGCAUAGGAAGGCAAUUCAACAAAUUCUGAGAGCACCAAUAAAUUUCUUUGAAACAACACCUUUAGGUCGAAUAAUCAAUCGAUUUAGCAAAGAUAUUGAUGCUUGUGAUAAUUUGAUCACUGAAUCAUAUCGAAUGUUUUUCAGCACUUUGGCGAAUGUCUGUGGAACUUUUGCACUGAUAAUUGCAGUUUUUAUAUGGUUUCUUGUACCUUUGAUACCACUUAUCAUAUUAUAUUAUUGCGCUGCCAUUUAUUUUAGAGCAACAAAUCGUGAAUUGAAACGGCUUGACUCAAUAUUACGGUCAUCACUUUACGCACAUUUUUCCGAAUCUUUAACUGGUUUACCAACAAUUAGAGCAUACAGAGAACAAGCACGAUUCAUAAGUACCAAUGAGAAUUACAUGGAUAUAGAAAAUCGAGCGUAUUUUAUACAAUUUUCUAUCAAUAGAUGGCUUGGAAUCCGUCUUGAAACUAUCGCCAACUCAUUGAUUUAUUGCGCAAGUUUGUUGGCAAUUAUGCAAAGGUUUCAGGUAGAACCUGCGAUUAUUGGAUUGAUUCUUAGUUAUGCAACACAAGUUACAGCGGAUUUUAAUUGGUGUGUUCGACAAUUUGCUGAAGUGGAAGCAAAUAUGAAUGCAGUAGAGCGUCUAGUGCAUUACACUGAUAAUCUCGAAAGUGAACCUGCACCAAUAAUUCCUGAUAAUCGACCAUCAUCUGAAUGGCCUGUUAAAGGAGAGAUAUUUAUAAAUAAUUUGGUAAUGCAAUAUGGACCCGAAAACCCACCAGUGAUAAAAGAUGUUACUAUUCAUAUAAAAGAUUGUGAAAAAAUAGGCAUAGUUGGAAGAACUGGAUGUGGAAAGUCUACAUUGGCAACAUCAUUCUUUAGAUUUAUUGAACCAAAAUCAGGACAGAUUAUUGUUGAUGGAAUAGAUAUUACUAAAAUAGGAUUAAAAGAUCUUAGAAGUAGGAUAACUAUAAUACCACAAGAUCCAGUAUUAUUUAAUGGCACGAUAAGAAGUAACCUAGAUCCCUUCAGCGAAUACAAAGACAUAACAUUAUGGAAUGCACUUCGUCGAGCUCAUCUGAUAAAUGGUGAUAUCGAAGAUGAAUACACAAACUACCUCACUAAUAACGAGAAAUCAAGACUUUCGCACCAGCUAUCAGCCACCGAAACACCAAUAUCAAAAAAACAAGAUUUACAUUUAGAUAGUCCAGUUAGAGAACAUGGAAGUAAUUUUUCACAAGGACAACAACAAUUAAUAGCUUUGGCUAGAGCAUUAGUUCGACAUUCGAAAUUAAUAAUAAUGGAUGAAGCCACAGCAAGUGUAGAUUACAAAACUGAUUGUUUAAUCCAAGAUACUAUCAAAGAAGAAUUUGCGAAUAGUACCGUCAUUACUAUUGCGCAUAGGUUGAGGACCGUGGUUGAUUAUACAGGCAAGGUUAUAGAAUAUAAUUCACCAUACGUAUUACUGCAGAAUCCAGAAUCAACGUUUAGAGCAAUGUGCGAAUCAAGUGGAGAGUUUAAUGAACUAGUGGAACUUGCUAAGCAAAGAUAUAAAGGUGAUAGUUUAGAUUAA